AUGUCGACAACAGAGGAAAGAGUGAACGAGAUGCGUGGGUACAAGGCCACGCUGAGCAACCCGAGAGUUUCAGAACGGGCAAAGCAGCAUGCACACGACAGGCUUAAUGAGCUUGGCGGUGAUAAGCCUCGCGAGGAACUAUUUCAGGCAAGAGGCGAUCGGAAGAAAGACCCAACGAGGGUCGCAGCUGGGUAUAAGGCCGCGCAGCACAAUCCUAACGUGACUGAGGCCGGGAAGAAGAAAGCUACCGAGGAGCUACACGAAACUGUUCCGGAGGAGUAG